AUGCAAAUAGAUCGACUGCAGCAGCUACAGGAUGCUGCACGAGAGCGGGGGAUCAUCGUCAAGGUUCACAUACUUGGUGUAGCAGGAGCUGCAGCGGCGACCUCAGCAGCAACAACGGCUGCUGCUGCUGACAUCAAGGCGAGCCCAGUGUUCGAUGCCUCGUCAGCAGCGCCGACUGACUAUGAGACGCAGGAGAGCCCAGUGCAGGGACAGCGGGUCGGCACUGGAACGGAGGUAGCAGCCUUCCUGGGUGUAUCUUGGAAGGCUACUGAAGCUAAAGCAGAGGCCGAUAAACGUCAGUCUAUGGACGAGUUCUAUGCACAGGCUGGGGAGGUCCAACGUGGUCUCGGCCUGAUUAACAAGAAUCUCGACCUGUUGGAUCAGAAACGAAUAGAUGUCAUUAACGCUACCAGUCAGCAACAAGAGCAAGCUAUACGGGACAGUGUUGAUGAGAUUGUCAGCGACGUCAACCGGAGCAUGGUGGGAACCAAAAAGAAGAUAGAAGCUAUGGGAGAAUCCACCAAAACGUUCGAGACUAAAUAUGCGUCUAAAUGUCACAUUGCGUCGGAACUCCGCAUACGUAACGGGAUGGAGCAGGCCGGCCUACGACGGCUAAAUGAAUAUUUGAAGCGUUUCCAAAAACUACAGUCGGACUUUAACAGCGACAUUCGGGAGAAAGCUCUUCGGCAACUUGCCAUCGCGGUCCCUGCUGCAACAGAGGCCGAGAGGGAGGCUAUGGUUGAUGAAGGAGUGCAACCACAGGAACAGUACUUCCGGUCCACGCAAGAUAGGAUCACUAAGCUGCAGGGCCUCAGGGAUAGAUAUGAAUCGAUUCAAAGAUUGGAGCAGUCGAUUCAAGAAGUAAAUCAAAUGAUGAUCGAACUUGCGUUGGUCGUGGAACAACAAGGGGAGAUGCUCGAUUCUAUAGAGUUUAACGUUGUUAACACUAAGAACAAUGCUGGUGAGUUAAGUCCAUCAACGAAUAACUGUUAG